AUGGCCUUCAUAUUCACGUGUGGAACACACACGUUUCAAUCCCUACUGAAGGGCUACGAAAACAUCACAGUCCAAUGCCAGAACUGUGGCAAUUUCUCCGGCAAGGUCGUCAAGAGAUGGGAAUGGUUUACCUUCUGUUUCGUUCCGAUCAUACCAUUUAGCUUGAAGCCCUGGCACGCAGUGAACUGCCACAUUUGCCAGUUCAAGCAGGACAUCAAAUAUCGGCCGGAUGUACAACAGCAGAUGCAGCAGAUCGAUCAGGGAGGUGUGCCGAUGAACAAUCAACAACCGCAAGGUGCGCAGGCAGGAGGAGCAAACCAGGGCUGGAACAGCGGGAACCCGUAUGGACAAGCAGAUCAAGCGGCGAUGAGUGGCGGCGCUGGAGGUGGCGGAGGACCCGGGCAGUAUCAGCCGCCGGUAGGUCAGCCUCCGCAGUAUAAGUAA